GCUGAUGACAAAGCAUGUAUGAAUCUCCGACCACGUAAGGCAAAACACUGAUAUUCUGACUAAAGGGUCUAAACCUUUUCUCAGAGGGACUUCAUUUCCCAUUAGUAUCCACGUGUGUUGGUGUUGCGUAGCUAACAACGAAACCAUGGAAACAGUCUCGCAGUCAUUGCAGAGAGAGCUCGGCUAUUGCGUGUGAGCCUGUCUGUGGAUCGGUGUAGGCAGGACGUCCAGUGUCAGCUCAGCUUAAUGCCUCUAAUAUGUAAUAAAUAAUUAUUUAUGCGUGUCGAAAUACGCAGCUACGACAGGGUAACUCGCUUUCAUCGCUGAGUUUCUAUUUGGACAACAUUAGAAGGCUAAUUUAGCUAGGUUAACUUUGCUAAGUAACGUUAGUAUCCUUCGAACAGCUCCGUGGUGCUUUCGGUUUGGCUAUAUACCUUAACAGAGGAUGCUGGAGUCAAUAAAAGUAACAGAAAGACUCCACUGGCCAGAAGUAGAAAUGUCCAAAAAGUACAUCUUACACUCUACAGACAAGGCACUGAGUCCAAGCCAAGUGUGCCUGGAGAAGAUUUCUUCCAGUGUCCUCAAAGAUCUCUUCAGCACUGGCUCCAGCAACCACAACAUACUGCUGCAGACUGAGAAGGAAGAGUGUGAGAGCUCAAAGCAGUCUCUGUACAAGGGGCCAAAAACAUCAGUGAGAUGUGUUGCCACACUUGGUAAAAGAAAUCAUCCAAGCAUGGCUUUAAAAAAGGUGCAUGCUCAAGAUGGUGGUGGUAAAACUACACAGACAAAUUGUGUCCUCUCAGGCACCAACUCCAGUUUCCCUAAAUCUGCAUGGAACAUCACAGUAGUGGGCAGCACAAUGGGCCUAACCCCUCAUACAGUCCCACAGCUCAGGAAGAUGCGCAUUCCCAACUCGCUUCGCACUAAGCUUCCCUCUUUGCACAAAGCACCAAUUACACGGGAAGUGGAAAAUGCCAAGAAGCUAUGCAUUCUUACUGCCAUCAAGCCAUCCAAUGUGGAGAAAGAGAAGGCCAAGUUUUUCAGCUCUGACUUUAGCUACAAUCCGCAGUUUGAAUACAGCAACCCUGUCUCUCCGCUUGUCUUGGCACGACAUAAUAAUGCCUCAGACCGCUUCCUGACACAGGCAGUGCACAUCAUGGAGCUUGCCCUGCAGCGAUAUGGCAGCUAUGAGAAGUUUGAGCAAGUCACUGGGGGUAACCUCCUCACCAAGAGUCGCAUCUGGCACAAUGUCAAGAAAUACAUGGAGAAGGAAGGCUGCAUGGGAGAGAUAGUAGUCCAGGUGACAGAUGACCUCCUGUCCAGAGCCUCUAUGACAAUCACGAACAGCAGACCCACACUUACCAUCAACAUCUCCACUGCACGAGAGCACUGGCUGGAGGGCAUGCUGAGGCAUGAGAUCGGCACGCAUUAUUUCCGUGGCAUCAACAACUCCCACCAGCCGUGGAGCAGCAGCGCGGGCAGGAAGAAGCACAACCUGAAGCCCCUGAACCCCACAGAGGAGGGCUUGGCCAGCAUCCACAGUGUUCUGUUUAGAAAAGACCCCACUCUGUGGCGUGCUGCCCUGCUCUACUACACUGUCUACCAGGCCAGCCACAUGUCCUUCUCGCAGCUCUUCCACAACCUGGGAUGCUUCGUCCAGGACCCCAACACCCGCUGGGACUACUGUGUUAGAGCCAAGAGAGGCCAGACCGAUACAGCACAGCCAGGGUGCUUCAGCAAAGACCAGGUAUACUUGGAUGGUAUCUUGAAGAUCCUGAGAUACAGAGACAAGAUCAACUUCCCACUGCUGAUGGCUCUAGGAAAGGUGUCAUUCGAAGAUGUGGACCGCCUGAAAGCCCUGGCUCAGAUGGACAACAUCCGUAUCCCACACUUCAUGCAGGACCAGGCGAAGUAUGCUGAGCAGCUGACAAAAAUCAUGGUGGUGAACCAGCUCACUGACGAGAAGCUCAAGACCAUUAUCUGAGCCUGCUUCACUCCCCCGCACAAUCCUGAUCAGACCUGAAUAAAAGCUGUCAUACUACUGCCAGCCAUGAGCUGUAUUACUUAACAUCACCGUCAGUGUGCAUGGUAACAGAGUGUGAGACUUGUGCAGUGUGCUGUAUUGCAUGUAGUAUAGUGUUAGAUUGGUAUGUAAUUAAAAAUCUGCUCUUGUGUAGUCAUUUCUCCACUGACAGAUCGCUCUGAGAAUCAUUUCAGUGUGUUGUGUUAAGGGCUGGAUAAAUUUUUACAACAUUUUAUAGCAGUGCCAGUACAAUACUUAAUUCACUUUAACAAUACAAAAAUAUACUUUUAACUCUACCUUACUUUUUUUAAUAUAAAUAUUUACCAAGUAUUUUGUGCCAACUUUUUCUUCUUCUUGACAAUUUCUGAUACUCAGUUUGGUUUGAGUUGGUUUGGUUUGGUUUGGUUUGGUUUCUAGUAGCGUUUCAAUGGUCUGAAAUAGAGUUUUAAUAUAACCAAAUAAGAGCCUGACUUUUUUUUUUUUUUUUUAGGCAGGUCCCUGAUCUCAUGGUCUCAGGUUAAUUUGUAAAACAUGCUGUCUGACAAUGUUGGAAAUCCGAAUUGUUUAUAAUUGUUCCAAAAUGCCACACUGGAAGGCAGAGUGAAAACCCUGAGUGCAUAAAGAGGGAAAUGAUGGAAUAUUCAGUGUUGCACGAAAAGUGCCAUAAAUAGCUAGGUAAUGAACAAAAAAAAGAGAGCUAGAUAGAAGUUCAAUUGCUGGCUGCUGACUUGAAAGUACUUUGUGGUGGACAAACUGUAAUGGUGUAAUGUAAUUGUGAGAUUGUAAUUUUCCUCAAACAUAACUUUGGGAUUUCUGAACUUAAGUUUCUUGUCUAUUUAUAUUUUUUGAGAUCAACCAGCUCUUAAGAUGUGGUAAAACAACAACAGGAUGUGUCAUGUUCUAGUUAGACCCACUGCCUGCCCUGUUACCUCGUAACUGAACCGUUGUUUUGCUAACACAAGAUGGAGAAAGCUAACAAGUUGAGCUAAGGCAGAUAAUGAUAAUAACAUAACUAUUUAAGAGGUACUGAAAUGUGGGGAAGCAUUUUGGAAUUAACACCAUAGUUAAAUGCAAGUCCCUUAUAAUAAUGUUACCUUGUUACUCAGUGAGCAGUGAGUUGCAUUUGAAUUAAUUUAAAUAAAAAACAUGCUAGUGCAAAUUUGUUCAAACUUCAUGUUUAAGGUCACAACCCUAGUUCCAGUAUGUCAGUGUAUAACUGUGAUAAUCUAAAUCAGCCAAUAAUAGUGGAUGUGACAGUGUGUUGUGUGCAUGAAUAUGGUUAAAUUCAGACAAAGGGAACAACACAACAGUUUUAGCAAAACCUUAUUUCCCUAAUACUACAAUAUGGAUUCUUUUGCCUCUCAUGCAACUAUGACAACUGUACUUGCCUACAGUAGUGGCUCUUUAGUGAAGAUUAACACAUUAUUACACUUUGCUUCCUCUAGAUACCUCUGAAGGUUAUUAUUGUUGUAGUGCAUGCAUUAGGCAGAGGUGUUGCUCGAGAGAAAGAUGGUGAAAGUGGGAUGGUGCACAAUGCUGCUGCCUCUCACUUGGCAGAGAUGCAGUGAUGAAUAUAUUCCUGUAUAAGAGUUUUGUCAGCAUAGUUACACACAGGACUGCUGGUUAAAGCUGAACAUAUCAGUACUGUUCUACAUUUCCUUGAAGCCCUGUUUAUCCAUUUACACUUUUUUUUUUUUUUUUUUUUUUUUACGUUCGCUCUACCUUUUCAACUGCAGUGAUAAAUUCAGUUAUUGUGUUGGUGUCAUUUAUACAGACUGAUACAUCUAUGCUUUAUAAACCAAAUGCCUUGUAGUUUUACUGUAAUACUGUGGUUUUUGUCCUGGAGCAUGUGUGUUACUCUGCUUCCUCAAAGACCCCUUAAAUGGUACAGUGUAAUAACAUUGCAUUUUUAUGUGAUAUUUUCUAUUUGAAGGAUUUUUUUGUGUGAUAUCAAUAAACAGACUCUAAAAUGGAC